AUGGACCACAACACUCGUAUUGCAGAGGCAAUUAUAGAACUGCAAUCCCAAGAUCGCCCUAAAUAUGCAGAGACCGCGAGGAGAUACAAUAUCGACAAAUCCACGCUGUGGCGCCGCUUCAAAGGCAAAACAGCCUCAAAUCACGACGCGAACUCUUACUCGCGACAGAAACUCACCAGCGCGCAGGAGGAGAUUCUUAUUGGGCACGUCAAUAAGCUGACCGACCGUGGUAUCCCGCCUACCCCUCAGAUGUUGAAGAAUAUCGCCGAAGAUCUAGAUCAUCAGCGGAAGAUCGAAAAGUACAACAUCAGUCCCUCAAAUGUUUAUAAUUUUGACGAGAAGGGAUUCCAAAUUGGUCUCUCUCGCUCCACCAAGCGAGUUGUCCCCCGAGAAGCCCUCAGGCGCGGAAAACUGGUCGGGGCAAGCCAAGACGGGAACCGGGAGUUCAUCACGCUGAUCGCUGCCAUAUGUGCAGAUUAUUCGUACCUGCCACCGGCCCUCAUUUACAAAGGGGAGUCAAAAGACUUCCAAGAUACUUGGCUUGAGGAUUUUGACCAUUCCAGCGAACGCUCUCCCGAGCAUCAGAGAAACUGGCGACACAAUAUGAGCUCGUACAACACGAAAAUCGAGAUCUACAGGAAGCGCUCAAACUUGCACAUAAAAAAGGGAAACGCAGAAAGGUGGAACUGGCGCGGCGACGUCAGACGGACAAGGCACAGGCCGACGAGCAGCGCAAGCAAGCCAUUGAAGAUCGUCGACUCCAGCGUUCUCGAGAGAAGACAGAGCGUGCUGCGGAGCGCGAGGCAAAGCGAGCUGAGAAACGGGAGGCCGCAGCAAAAUUAA